AUGCUUCCAACAGUAAAUCAAGACGAAUUAGUCAGACAGCAAUUUUUCCAGGGUUUUACUCCUGAUAAUCAAAUGGAAGCUGGACGAAUCGAUUUAGAAACACCUAUUUCUGGUUUGAGAGAUAAAGCUCAUCAAUUAGUUGGGCUUACCCAGCCUAUAUAUCAGGCUCCAGUAACUACUUCUCCAGGUAUUACAUUUGCUGAGAUCGAAAAGUUAAAUUCGAAAAUGGUAUCCUUACAAGAACAAAUACCACAACCAGCUCAAAUACGCCCCCCUCAAACUUCUCAGAAGAAUGAGGCAUUAGAACAUCUGUAUAUACUUGCACAGCGCUAG